AUGGAGGAAGACUCUUACUCGUUUAAAUUAAACUAGGCUUAUCUCGAAGAUUCAAAGAUUUCAUUUAUGAAACUCAGCUAAAUCAUUUUCUAAUCUAUGAAUGAUAAAAUUAAUGUUGAGCUUAAUAAUACUUCAAUAAUUGGCUGCUUCAAAGUAGACAAAUACUCAAUGAUUGUAAUAGAAGACAUAGAAUUUGAAAAUAUGAAUAUCACACUAAGCAAUUUCAAGUUAACAAGAAAUAUCCUAGGAGAUGCAUCAUUUUUCGAAUUCAAGCAUCUCUCCAAAAUCUUAAGGAUUGAUAAAGUUGAAAUAAGAAAUAACUCUGGAAGAUUGUUCAAUUUCAUUCCUAAAUCACCAUAAAGUGAUAUGCUAUAGUUAAUCAAUGUAGCAAACACUAUUUUUGUUGGAAACUAUGGUAGAAUAUGA